AUGACUGAAACGUACGACUUCAUCCCGCCAGUGGUGUCCGCAUCCGAGGCCAAUGAUAUGGCCGAGCUCGCACGUGUACUUGAGGCCUGGGAGGCCGCGGAACCUCGUUCACCUGUGAAAGAAGAGAACAACUAUCCCCUUGGUCCAUUUCCAGCCUGCAUUGAACCGAGCACUCGAGCUGGGAAAUAUCGAAGCAGCAGAUUUUCUCUUGAAGCGGGUUCUGCCCAUAUCGCCCAGUACGUGCUUGCUGGCGCCUCUGCUGGUACACUCACCGCACUGGAGAACGGAUGCAACGAGGCCUCGGAUUGGAACACCAAGCCGUUCGAUGUGCUGCUAGAGAAUGGUUGGUAUCCCGACUGGCGCUUCGGCCACAUGGGAGACGCACUUAUUCGACCAGUCUCAACGCGGAAGCUACCUCUAGUGAAGUACCUGCUAGAUAAAGGGGCCGACCCAAACCGCAACCUCACACUGAACCGUUCACCACUGGAAUUAGCGUGCGUACACGCGGAUACCGAGAUCCUGUCUCUACUCAUCGCGCACGGCGCAGAAACCAAGGACCGCAGUGGGCUUCUUCUUGCAGCUAAGGAAGGGAAAACGGAUAUGAUAGACGUCCUGCUCGAUGCUGGUGCAGAAAUUGAUGCGCUGCCGAACAACAGGCGUGUCACUGAGAGGGUGGAGGCUGAGGAUGAUUGGGGGACGGCACUGCACGGUGCUGUUGAGCGGAAUCAGGUCCAGUGUGUUCAGCACUUGCUUGCCAAGGGGGCGAGGCGGGAUGUCAAGAAUGCGGUGGGCUUGACGCCUUUGGAGUUGGCGGAGAAGAAGGGGUUGACUGAGUGUGCUGAGCUACUAGCAGAAUAA